AUGUCCACAUGGGUCUAUCCUCCAUUACCUCCCGACGAGCUUCGAAAGGCCGAGAAUGACUCUUUGAAACUUGAGCUGCAAUGGCUCCUGGAGUCGCUGCAACGUGCCUUGCCUGCUCUCAAAGAAGCCUUGGAGGAAUGUGCUGCACUAUUGGCGCCGAAAGAACCCGGAUCGACACUGGUCCUGUCAUCCCUCAGAUCCGAGAGUGUAAAAGGCUUUGUAACAAGGGUUGGCACCAAGCUUCUCAAAGGCGACAUCCAUCUUCGGCUGACUACGUUGCCACCAAAUACCCCCAGAGGUACCACUACUUCUACACCCUCAACUCGCUUGAUGUUCCAUUCCUCCUCUUCAUCCUCCGAAAUUGUCCUCUCUCAACUGUCAGCCGUCAAGUCUUUACUCAAUGAUUCACUCGACGUAAUCGACGUGUCAAGGUGGACCGGCCAAUCGACAGACUCCUCCUUCAUCUCGGGCCAACUGAAGUUGCUACAUGACCAUUUGCGUGAAGCCAAGGCCUACUUGAGAGGUCCAGUGGCCGGUGCCGAUAUCUCCUCUAUCCCAGGGGCUGAAUGGUGGCUAAAUAGCCCCGAUGAAAACGUGUUCCAACCACCGUUGGGCGAAAACCUCAGUUUGCACUUUACGAUCCAGGAAGCCAAUCUUGUUCUCACUGUCCGAACCCUCGCUCCCACUUCCCCUGGUGGAACGCCCAGCACCCCUUCCGAGGGAUCUUUCUCGCUCUCUGGACUCAACCUCAGGACGAGGUUGCUGGGGCUAGGUCCCAAGCCUCCAACUCACGACGAAAUGGGUGAAAUCUUUGAGUGGCGCGGACGGCAAGAUGUGGUUGUCCGCGAAAAGGUUCGAGUGGAGACGAGCGAUCCCAGUCUGCUCAGCAUUGCCGCAAAAUUGAGUGCGCUGGAACAUGAGGUUGGCCGUUGGAGGAUGAAUCUUCGCAUCAUUCUGACGGGCAGUACUGAGGAGGAUUGA